AUGAGGCCCGCCGGAAUCCUAGCCGGAGCAUUCCUCCUCUUGGCUCUCUAUUGCGGAAUUGACCCUUUGAACCACAGCGCCAUCUCCGAAUUCCCGGACUUCGCGGCCUACGCGGUUGACAUGCCCAAAUGGUCCGAGGUUCCUCUGGAGAAAGACGCUGAGAAUUUGCUACAAAAGUCGGAAAUUAAGUUUCUGAAUCAAAUUCAAGGCCCUGAAAGCGUCGCCUUUGACCUGCAGGGGCGUGGACCCUACUCUGGGGUUGCUGACGGCCGGAUAUUGUUCUGGGAUGGCGAUUCCUGGACCUAUUUUGCUCAUACUUCGCCUAAUAGGUCAGAAAUAUGUGAUCCAAAACCAUCUCCUUUGAGCUACCUGAAGAAUGAGCACAAAUGUGGCAGGCCUUUGGGGCUUCGCUUUGACAAAAGAACUGGGGAUUUGUAUAUUGCAGACGCCUAUUUUGGACUGAUGAAGGUUGGGCCUCAAGGUGGACAGGCAACAUCACUAGCAACUGAGGUUGAAGGAGUGCCAUUUAGGUUCACUAAUGAUCUAGACAUUGAUGAAGAGGGAAAUGUAUAUUUCACGGACAGCAGCACCAAGUACCAAAGAAGGAACUUCUUGCAGUUAGUUUUCUCAGCAGAAGAUAGUGGGAGGGUUCUGAAAUAUAAUCCCAGUACCAAAGAAACCACUGUCCUUGCCCGGAACGUGCAGUUUCCUAAUGGAUUAUCCCUAAGUAAGGAUGGAUCGUUCUUUGUUUACUGUGAAGGGUCUAGUGGCAGAUUACAGAAGUACUGGUUGAAAGAUGAAAAGGCAGGGACCUCCGAAGUUAUGGCUAUCCUACCUGGAUAUCCUGACAAUGUCAGAACAAAUGAAAAGGGUGAAUUUUGGGUAGCAAUCCACUGUCGCCGCAGCUUAUAUGCUUACCUAUGCGGUCUAUACCCGAAAGUUCGAUACUUCCUUCUAAAGCUACCAAUCUCAGCAAGGAUUCAAUACCUCCUCAGUAUAGGGGGGCGCAUGCAUGGAGUCAUUGUGAAAUACAGCCCAGAAGGAAAGCUGUUGCAGAUACUGGAAGACAAGCAAGGGAAGGCUGUUAAAGCAGUUAGUGAAGUGGAGGAGAAGGAUGGGAAAUUGUGGAUUGGCAGUGUCUUGAUGCCUUUUAUUGCUGUUUACAGAUUAUAA